AUGGGCCUCUGGACUUCCACUGGUCUAGCGAAUGCGAGCUGGGAGAUCGGCAAUGCCAAGUCAAGGGUAAUCAAAACCGAUGUGGCGUGGGUGGGUUCAGGUUACCGCUUUGGCCUGGAAGCUGUCAAGCUAGCGGCUCGAUUGAUGACCAACAGCAGUGAUUCAAGACCCUAUACGUGGACAGUGUGCGGAUGGGCAGGCACACAGAAGUAUGCAGUCAUUUGGACAGGUGACAAUACAGGCAGCUGGGAGUACAUCCGAAUGCAGAUUCCCACAGUUAUUGGAAGUGGCCUGAGUGGAUUUGCUCAUGCAACUGGAGAUGUAGAUGGUAUUUAUGGUGGAUCGCCAGAGACUUAUGUGCGAGACUUGCAGUGGAAGACCUUCCUAACUGUGGCAAUGACCAUGAGCGGCUGGGCCAAGUAUGACAAGCAGCCAUGGACUUUCGGCGAGCCGUACACCAGCUACAAUCGAAAAUGGCUCCAACUGAAGGCAUCCUUGACGCCGUAUUUGUAUUCCUUGGCCUUCCAAGCAUAUUUGACUGGAGAACCUCCUGUCCGUGCCAUGGAGCUAGAGUUUCCUCAUGAGAUCUGGUCCAACAAGUCUGCACUUCAGUAUCAGUUCAUGUCAGGGCCAUCCUUCCUGGUUGCACCAGUCUUCCGGAACGAGACCCAUCGUGACCACAUUCUUCUGGCAAGUGGAGAAUGGAUAGACUACUCAGACGGCUUCACAAGAUACUCGGGACCAAGGACUUUGGAUUCCUACCCGUGCCCCUUAGAGAACCUCCCAGUCUUUGUUCGUGCCGGAGCCAUCAUUCCAAUGUGGCCUCAACUGGACUAUGUGGGGCAAAAGACCGUAGAUGUCUUGACUCUGGACCUGUUCCCCCCAAGUACCGCCAGCACCUCCAACUUCACCUUGUAUGAGGAUGAUGGCUUAACUCGGAAUUACAGUAUGGGUGCGGUGGCCAGUCAGACCUUCCAGAUGAGAACAGCCAGCAAUGGCAUGCUGGAGUUCUGCAUUGGACGCAGCAAGGGCAGCUAUCAGGGGCAACUUUCCAGAAGGUCUUACUGGCUUCAGGUGCAUUCCUCAGAGCCAGCGAAGGAGAUCAAGAUCGAGGGCGAAACAAUUGAUCACGUGCCAGACGAGGAGCAUCGCAUGCAACCAUCGGGAUGGUACAAUUCCAAAGGUGGAGGGUUUCGAGUGAAGACGCCGGUGCUUGAAGUCUCUUGCAUUUGCACUGCAAUGCGUUGGUCAGAGACUGGUGGCGUGGUCAGCGAUACCGGAGCACGACUGGCCUGGGAGCGUGAGAUCCGAAAGGCAGAGGCCAACAAAACAUCGACGUUAACAUCCUGGCCCAAGGGCACGUCGACCUGGGCCUUUGAAUUCCGAUCCUACACCAACCAGGAGGAACUGAAUGCAAUGCUGGCUGCAAAGCCAGGACUACAGCAGCUGCUGCUGCGCCCCGCCAACCGCACCUCUUUACAGGUAGAUGGAGAAAUUGCUGAACUGGAGGACAACUUCCUGUUGCUGGGCGGCCUUGUCGUUGUGAAGAUCCGCUGGCGUGGAAAAGCCCUGGCAUCGAUGCUUCGGUGGGACACCUCGGAGGCAGUCCUGAGCAGCAGCGUUUUGCCCUGGCUUCAACGGACCUUCGACCGGCCCGCUGCAGCGGAACGCCUCCGUAAAGACCCCUGGGAGCUUACCGCUAUGGUCGAACCAACAGUUAGUGGCAUCAAGCGAUCUGUGGCUGUGUUGAGGCGAGUUGGUGCUGGCCGAUUGGUCUUCAUGAAGCAGUGA